AUGUUUUUGUAUGAUUUAUUUUCUAAUUUCCUAAACUUUGUACUAGUGCCGGUUUAUGAAGCUCUUUUGGCGAUUUUCAGAAGAGUUUCUUCACUUCUAACACUCACUCCAACUCACUUAAUUGAAGAAUAUGAGUCUAAAUAUGGCUCAGUUCACCCUAAAAUAUUCCUCGGAAGUUUUGAAGAAGCUCGAAGAGUUUCAUUACAUUCUGGGAAGAUGAUUGUAUUAUAUAUUCACUCAGAAUUUAACGAUCACGUUUGUCGUAACCUUUUCACAAACCAACUUAUAAUCGAAGACACCAAUUAUAUAUUUUAUGUGGAAUAUUAUAAAGGAGCAAGCAUGAGAAAGAUGAUGAAUUUAGUUAACAGUUUGACAGUCCCACACGUUUCAGUGCUUUCAUUUCAAGGGCUGAACCGGUGUACAGUGGUAAACAGGCUUGAAGGGAGUGUCGAACACGACUCACUCGUUUCGAUGCUUCUGGGCUCAGUGGAGUACCAACCACCACUGGAGCGAGUCGAGAGCUCGAGACAGGUGAUCAGAGAGCAAGACGAAGAGUUCAGGCGUGCAGUUGAAAUAGACUCAGUCAAGUUCAAAGAAAGAGAUAUAAAGAGGAGAGACGAGGCUCAAAGGAGGAAGACACAGGAACUUAUUAAAAGGCAAAAAAAAGAGGAGAGAGGAAAAAUUUUAGAGCACAGGAAAGAACUUGCGAAAAUGUAUGCAAAUAUGUUUGACAAGAUUGACCGAAAAGGAGUCAAGAUAAGAGUCAGGUUACCAACUGGGAACAGUAUUGAGGGCGAAUUUGCCAAAAACGACAAAGUAGAGAAAAUAUAUGAGUGGGUUGAAGCGUCCCAAUUCCUUGAAGAUAAAAAUUAUAAAAUUCCAUAUAACUUCAACCUCUCUAUACCUUACCCCUCAACCACACUCUCUGAUAGAAAUAUAACACUUGAAAAUGCCAAUCUGGUUCCUUCAUCUUCUCUACUCCUCACUUCUCUAGAUGAUACUUCUGAAGAAGAUUAA